AUGAAAAAGGCCAUAAGACUCAGAGAAUCCCUUGCCUGGGCUACUCAGAGCACCGGCCGUGCCUCAAUCCUAGAAGGGAAGCCGACCAUCCCUUCAAAAACAGAAUACUGCCUGCCAGUAACACAACGGGAUACUCCCUUCAACAUAUACUUCCCUCAAAGGGAGGAAUGGGUUCAUGGCACCCCCGGUCCACCGGCGACCAUAACCUUCUUUACAGACGGCUCCAAACUAGACAACCGCGUAGGCGGAGGGGUCUACUCCGAGCAGCUCAACAUACAGUUAUCCUUCAGCCUUCCAACACACGGCAGUGUUUUUCAAGCUGAGGUAGUGGCCAUAAAGGAAGCAAUAGACUGCCUAGAAAGGCUCAAAGUUAGGCCUAGCAAUAUAAACAUAUAUAUUGACAGUCAGGCAGCAAUCAAAUCCAUCAGCUCGAUAUCUUCAAAUUCGAUAUCAGUAACAAGCUGUCGCAAAUCUCUACACGAGAUGGCUAAACAGCAGGUUAUUAGCCUAAUAUGGGUCCCUGGCCACCAGGACAUUGAAGGCAACUGUACAGCCGAUGAGCUAGCUAGGAAAGGUACUACCACUCCUCCUAACACCAAGGAGGAGUACAGGCGCAGGUCAUGCAGAAAAUGGCAAAGUGCCAUCUGUGCCCGCAUAGCACACCAGACAUGGCCAAUUAUCAACGCCAAGCGCAGCAGAGAGCUGUGCAGUCUAAGUCGGACCAACUGUUCUGCAAUGAUCCGGGCUCUAACUGAGCACUGGCUGGUCGCCAUUCAUGCCAACAGACUCCAGGUGCCAUACAGUGACUUUUGCAGAAGCUGCAAAGAUGAGGAGGAAGUGGAAUCUCCGGAACAUUUCUUCUGCCACUGCUCAGCACUUGCUAGGAAAAGGCUGGAAAUCCUGGGAAACCACUCCCUAACUGAUUUAUCGGAGCUCCGACACAUGAGACCGGCCAAGAUAGCGAAAUUCAUAAACGCAUCCGGCUGGUCAAAUGUUUAAAUGUUAGAAAUGCUUUGAAGGCACGACUGCAGGAGGAAACACCCCCUAGAUCCCCUUUCGGCAUCACAACGGGCUAAAUAUGGCAUAAGUGUGUCAGUCCAUCGGGCUGACAGCCGACAUAACCUAACCUAGCUGCAGCUCUCUGUUAACGGUGUGCAUGUAAACUUAACAAGCGCUGCAAUUAAAAUGUGUAACAGCUUGCAGCUCUCAGUUAAAUUAACAGCUCAUGUGUAAUAAAUGUUAUUUGUAAUUAAACAUUUUACAUAUAAAACUCUAUUGGAAGUUACAGUUGUCUAUAAAUAAGUGUGUACAGUUCCGGGUAAAAUAAGUGCAACACUCGCACAAGAAAUGUUUGAAAGGUGAUUUUAAAAGUAGCAGCAGAAGUAGAUAAAAUAAAUAAUAAAUAUUAAAAAUGAACAUUUAAAGAAUUGCGACACGAAUUGGAUUGUUAUUU